GGAAAAGGCAGGAUGCACGAGGAGACAGUGGGGCCGUUAUAAGGAUAAAACAACAGAGAAACACUAAACUCGCGCACUACAGCAUAUGAGAAUUAAACAGUAGCUUCUUCUAGCUACAUGCCUGUGUAUUGGAAUUCUCCGGAAAAAUAAGCGGCGUGAGCACAGAGCCACACACAGGUCUGCUACAAAGGGCUAUAAACACAAACAGCAGCUCUGGUCGGCACGGACGACACGCAGAGAGCUGUCGGAGAGCUCCGAGGUCGUUCUGUCCAAGUUCUUCUCUCCACUCCGGCUCAUGUGGACUGAUUCAGAGCUGGGUCAUCACGAUGCCAAUGAACUUUCUGGUCACUCAUUGGCUGACCAACUUAAUACCAGCAGCAUCAUGUCGGUGAACCCUCCAAGCAGCAAUGACGCCUGCCUCAGCAUCGUCCACAGCCUCAUGUGCCACCGGCAGGGUGGAGAGAACGAGGGCUUCGCCAAGCGGGCCAUUGAGAGCCUGGUCAAGAAGCUGAAGGAGAAGAAGGACGAGCUGGACUCACUCAUCACUGCCAUUACCACCAACGGUGUCCAUCCCAGCAAGUGUGUCACCAUCCAGAGGACGCUAGAUGGACGACUGCAGGUGGCGGGGAGGAAAGGGUUUCCUCAUGUGAUUUACGCACGUCUGUGGCGUUGGCCUGACCUCCACAAGAAUGAACUCAAGCAUGUCAAGUUCUGCCAGUACGCCUUCGACCUGAAGUACGACAAUGUGUGCGUCAACCCCUACCAUUAUGAGAGGGUGGUGUCUCCAGGCAUCGUUGGUCUCAGCCUUCAAAACACAGCACCAGGUGGCCUCAUCAAAGAGGAAUACAUCCAUGACUGUAUACAGAUGGAUCUCCCACCUGGCAUGCCUCUGUCUGACCACCAAGCUGCGUUGAAACUGCCUCCUCCUGACCAUUAUGGCCAGCCCCUGCCUCCUCAACUGUCCUCUGAGCCACAUGGACCCCCACCUGUCAGCAGAUACACCAACCUGCCUGUCUCACCAAAAGUGUCCGGCUCUGGCUCCAUGCUGCCGCUGCAGGGUGGCCACAGUGACGGCCAUCUCCAAGCUGCAUCUCCACAGGCUCAAGUCAUGACCCCGGCACCACGACCUCCGACCCCAACCCAACCCCCACCUCAACAGCAGGCUGCCCAGCAACCCUCGCAGCCCCCCCAUUCACAACAACCCUCCUUACCUCCUUCUCACUCACAUGGACAGAACGGAUACAGCAGCAAUAAACACUCUCAGAGCCAGACUGUCUUUCACACAGUGUGGACAGGCAACAACACAGCCACCUACACUCCCAUAGGACCCCAGCAGAAUGGCCGUGGUCACCAACAACCUCCCCUCCAUCAUCCAAACCACCACUGGUCUCAGCAUCAGGGCUCAGCCUCUUUCCCUCCUUCUGUGUCCAAUCAUCCAGGACCAGAGUUUUGGUGCUCUAUCUCCUACUUUGAAAUGGACGUUCAGGUGGGUGAGAUGUUCAAGGUGCCCUCCAGCUGCCCUGUAGUGACCGUGGAUGGUUACGUUGACCCGUCGGGAGGCGAUCGCUUCUGCCUCGGCCAGCUGAGUAACGUCCACCGCACGGAUGCCAGCGAGAGAGCCAGGUUACACAUUGGUAAAGGCGUGCAGCUGGAGUGUCGUGGCGAGGGCGACGUGUGGAUGCGCUGCAUGAGCGACCACGCCGUGUUUGUACAGAGCUACUACCUCGACAGAGAGGCGGGCCGAGCACCGGGUGAUGCCGUGCACAAGAUCUACCCUGGAGCCUAUAUCAAGGUGUUUGACCUGCGACAGUGCCAUAGACAGAUGCAGCAGCAGGCAGCGACUGCUCAGGCUGCGGCUGCUGCACAGGCGGCUGCCGUGGCGGGAAAUAUUCCCGGUCCAGGGAGCGUCGGAGGAAUCGCACCUGCAGUUAGUUUGUCCGCGGCGGCGGGGAUCGGCGUGGACGACCUCAGGCGACUAUGUAUCCUGCGACUCAGCUUCGUUAAGGGCUGGGGGCCCGACUACCCCCGGCAGAGCAUCAAGCACACCCCCUGCUGGGUGGAGGUCCACCUGCACCGCGCUCUGCAGCUUCUGGAUGAGGUGUUGCACACUAUGCCGCUGGCAGACCCAGGGCCUGCUAACUGAAGACCAAGAUCCAUGUUUCAAAUUCCAACCUGUUGUAUCUGAAUGUGCGCACACAGACGCAUGUUUGGAUAUUCCUGCUUCAGGCCAAAUAUGCUAUCUAAUUGAAACACAAAGUAAAUCAAUGACCAACAACACAUUAUGCUUGUAACAAUCAGUGCACACAGCACUCAUGCUGUCUCACAGACACACACACACACCACACACACACACACACAGAAACCAAAAGGUCUGUAGCCACACAGACAUAAAAGUGCUGAUGUCUUUGGGAUUUUUUUCUAAUGCUUUACUCUCUACAAUCUCAAGUCAAACACAAAGGGAGUUGGAUCUCUGAAGGUCAAAGAUUUUGAGUUUGUGUCUCUGUCCUAAAAAAAAACAAAACAUUUGUAUGCACUGUAGAAAUCCAGGGAUGUGUUUCAGAAAUCCACCCCCCCCCCCCCCCCCCCCCCCCCUAUAUGCAUUUUGGAUUUCUUGUUCUGCACAGUCACUCAUGGAACACACACACACACACACAUACACACAUACACACACACACACACACUUACAAAUGGUGUUAUCCGAGAGUCAACACCACUCCAGACAGAUAACUGCAUACCUCUAAAAAAAAAAAAAAAAAAAAAAAGAAAGAUUCAGCCUGAAUCUAGACAGUGUUAUGUGAUGUAGAAGCAUGGAUUUAAGGAAGCCAAUGUUAAGUCAUCUCUGUGCUUGUAUCGCUCUCUUCACUGUAUGUUUGAUCUCCACUCAAACUGUUAGCCCUCUUAUUACGCUCAGCUCCUCAAAACUAAUAUUAUUUUUGUACCAAAAGUCUAAAAAGCCAAAAACAUUUAGCUUUAAAGUAGUGUUGUUGUUCUCUGUAAACAGUGCUACCCUGUAUGUAACCAAAUGGUGGGUGGGAAAUCACCAAAGCCAGAUUACCUCAUAACUACAGUGCAAAGUCACAGUUUUUAGUUUUCCACCUAAACCGCACACACUUUGUUCAUCAGUGACAGGUCUGAGGUCAGGUCUGUGGUCAGGUCUGUGCUCAGGUCUGUGCUCAGGGCUGUGGUCAGGUCUGUGGUCUGUGGUCAUGUGUACUGGCAGUACUGGAUUUCAGAAUUGCUCUUCUUGUAACGUGCGGUGUCCACAGACAGCGUUGGCAGACCGAACAUCAGACUCCAGCCAGUGCCGUGUGUCACCAGUGCCUUUCUGUUUUUCUGGUCUGACCUGUUAAGGAUGCCGUCUCUUCUAGACGUGUAACUAGCGGUUGAUUUGAUCUCUCUCUCAGUAGGUCCGUGUGUUUGGCCCAGGACAGGAGAGCAGGACUGAAAACAGCUGCCAACUUUUAAACAGAGAUCCUGAUACGUUGCUAUUAAGAGGACUCCUUGUUUCCUCUUAUGAGAGAGCUCCACACAAAUUGACUUCAAUUAGACGAGAUGAAAUAAAAACUGAAAUAUGUUUCACGUGGUGAUUAUUUAAUGUACGCUUAAUGUGGAUAUGAAGAUGCAGGUUGUGGAGUCUGGACUUCUCUUGAGAACUUGAUCUCAGAUACAAGGCUGAGUCUACCAUGUAGACCGAGAUCUGCUCUCCUGUGGCGAACCGCACUUGACUAAACAUAAGGGUCCACACUUUAAUCAGUGUUGAAAGGUCAAACCUUUAGGCAAAAUCCAAACUCUAGCUAUACUGGGAUAUACGUGGUCUGUCGAUGUAGAUCCAAAGAUGGAGAAAGAACUGGGUGCGAUGAGAUGUGUGUCGUUUGACUCUUGUCAGGAAACUGGGAAAAAAAAAACAAAAAAACGUGUAUCAUCUGAUUCAGCUGCUUCACAAGGAUCAGCCAUUAACAUAUGCAUUUUUUUUUGGUGAUUUGUGCCUUUUGUUGUCAAUAGUAGAUGCACCAACACUGGAUUGUAAGACAAGACUCGGGUUUGUCUUUCUACACAUGAAGAUCGAUGUUGCACAUUGUGAUUUUGGUUUUCAGCUGUUCCCGAAAUCUUUUGAUGAUAUUCUGUGGUUCCCCCUCAGGUAUCCGUGUAGCUCAUCAAGCUGGUUUCUAGAGAUAGCGUUCCUAUGACCUGAGUAGUAUUGUUUAUGGCCUUAGUCCUUUGUGAGUGUAAAAUAUGAAUGCAUAUGCUUGGCACUAUCUUAAUCUUAGCAUGGACAAUUCAAAUAGAUGUCACAUUUAUCGGUUCGCCUCUGCCCAUAUUCAGGGAAGUGUUCGAUAGGCUUUUCUCAGAUGAUGAGCAAAAUUCAUCAUCAUCAUCAACAGAUUAUCCUGAUCUCUCUACAAUCAAAUCAAUGUUGAUCACCUCACAUCGCAUCACCUCCAUGAUGUGUCCAGAAAUGCUUUGCAGUCGGUUUCCUACAUGUGUUGCUGAGCUGGCAGUUUUUAAUAAGGCUGUUUGAAGUGAUGGAGCUGGUACCCCUCAGCUCUUAGCAGGACCGCUUGUCAGGGUUUUUGUCUUGGAGCUGCAGUCUCCGUCUCGUUUGGUCACUGAGGUCACUCUUUAUUGAGGGUCCCUCAUUUUCGAAUCGUUUCCAAGGACGUUUCCUAGAAAGAAGCCGUUUUAUGUUAUACUAAUUAAAGGGAAAGUAGGAAAGGCUUUAUUUAAACCCAAAUAUAUGUCCUUUAUUCACUGACGGUUGGACACUUUAUUCUCCAUGUCGGUUGGGUACCACAUAGUUGACAGUUUUUUCCAGAUUGUAAAUCAGUAAAAAAAAAAAAAAAAACGGCUGACUUGCUAAAGAAAGCGCCCCAGGUUUUAAACAGGCCUCCAAGCGACAAGCGUCUUCUCC